CGGAGAUUCUUAACUGCUAUUGGCUCCACCAAAUCUGGAGUGGGCCACUAUUGGCCCUCUUAUCUUUUUUCACACAUAGAAAGAUGAAAUAGCAGAACACUUAAAAUAGGUCAGAAAGAGAUUGAUCGAUUGAUUUGAUACGCAGGAAACAGUGUACAUAAUUAUUAUUAUAGUUAUUUAUAAUUAUAUUUAUUAGAGUCUCAAGAGAGUGAGAAGAAUAGAGAGAAAGGUAAGGUUGGCGGAGAAAAAUGGAGUCCGCUAAACUCAGGCUCCUUGCUCUGCUGCCUCUGCUUGCAUCUAUUAUUCUCCUCUAUUUCGAUUUUUUCCCACAGGCAUACAGAAGCAACUGCAGCCUUACAGAGUAUAGACAUUUUUGGAUAGCUAGCAAACGUAUCGUGACACCUAGUGCAGUAAUUUCUGGUGCAGUUGAAGUAAAAGGAGGGAAGAUUGUAUCUGUUGUCGAAGGAGAUGAUUGGCGAGGAAAAACUUGGACUAAUCAAGUUAUGGAUUAUGGGGAAGCUGUUGUUAUGCCAGGAUUGAUUGAUGUGCAUGCACAUCUUGACGAUCCAGGAAGAACAGAAUGGGAAGGAUUCCCGUCUGGAACAAGAGCAGCCGCUGCUGGUGGAAUCACGACAUUGAUCGACAUGCCACUGAAUAGUGAUCCAUCCACGACCUCGGAAGAAACACUCAAACUUAAAAUCAAGGCCGCUCAAAAGAGGAUUUUCGUUGAUGUUGGUUUUUGGGGAGGUCUGGUUCCGGAAAAUGCACAGAAUACAACUAUUUUGGAGCGUCUUCUUGAAGCUGGAGCACUUGGCUUGAAGUCUUUCAUGUGCCCUUCAGGAAUAAACGAUUUUCCCAUGACAAACGCCAGCCAUAUAAAGGAAGGGCUUUCUGUGCUAGCAAAAUACAAAAGGCCACUUCUUGUUCAUGCCGAGAAAAUCCCACAGGAAACUGAAGAGGAUCAAGAAUUUGGCGACCCCCGAUCUUACUCCACAUAUCUCAAGACUAGGCCUGCCUCCUGGGAAGAAGGAGCAAUAAGUGAGCUAUUAACUGUAACAAAGGAUACCCAAUCAGGAGGCCCAGCUGAUGGAGCUCAUCUUCACAUUGUUCAUCUUGCUGAUGCCAGGUCCUCUUUACAACUCAUUAAGGAAGCUAAAAGUAGAGGUGAUAGCAUUACAGUUGAAACUUGCCCUCACUAUUUGGCCUUUUCGGCUGAAGAUAUACUCGAUGGAGACACUCGAUUCAAGUGUGCUCCACCUAUUCGUGAUGCGGAUAAUCGAGAAAAGCUAUGGGAAGCUCUGCUGGAUGGGCACAUUGAUAUGUUGAGUUCUGAUCACUCGCCUUCGGUUCCGGAGCUUAAACUCUUCGGCGAGGGUGACUUUCUGAGGGCGUGGGGUGGUAUUUCGUCUUUGCAGUUUGUUCUCCCUGUGACAUGGACGUUCGGACUUAAACAUGGAAUCAGUCUCAAUCAGUUAGUUUCAUGGUGGAGUGAGAAGCCGGCAAAGCUUGCAGGACAACAUCUUAAGGGGGCAAUUGCAAAUGGGUUUCAUGCUGAUAUUGUUGUGUGGGAUCCUGAACUGGAAUUUGAACUUGACGAUAAUCACCCUAUAUACAUUAAGCAUCCGAAUAUCUCGGCCUACAUGGGAUCGAAACUCAGCGGAAAAGUUUUAGCAACCUUUGCAAGAGGCAACCUUGUGUACAAAGAGGGAAAACAUGCUCCUAUUGCUUGUGGUGUUCCAAUAUUGGCUUCAUAAAAGGUUUGUCAUGCAUCAAUGGCUCCCAAGAUGGUUUAAUCUCUCUCAGAAUUCAGAAAAUAGAAUUGGCUGUGAAUUGCUUCUAUUGUGUGUGUGUGUGUGUGUUUUUUUUCUUUUUGUUUUUCUUACAAAAGCUUCAAGUGUAGAUAAUAUUUUUAGACUUGACUGUAGGGUAAGAAUGUGGUCUGAUGAUUGUCACACUGUAGUGACAAAUAUACUUACGCUUAAUAAAAUGUUUUUGAUUCAGUUUAACAAACAUCAAAGCUGUUUGAACAUGAAAUCUGGGACAGUGGCCGCUUUACU